AUUCCCUGGUCCUUCCAGGUAGGGAAGGAAGAGGCCUGGUGCCAUUCCUUGGCCAGGAGGGGGAGGCUCAGGAGGAAGACAUGGCGGCAGAAAAAGCCCCAGAGACACCUUCUGGGUCUCCUCUUUACAGUGAAAUGGGAAGAGACUCUACGCAGCCAGCUCAAGCUCCUGCGACCUUUGAGGAGGUGGCUGUACAUUUCUCCAAGGACGAGUGGACGCUGCUGGAUCCAGCCCAGAGGGCUCUGUACAGAGAAGUCAUGCUGGAGAAUUAUGGGGAGGUGGCCUCUUUGGAUGGGCCUCUGAUUCUUCAACCUCUUCUCAUCAGCUGGUUGGAAGGAGAGGGAGAGCAAUUUGACCCGGAGCGACUGGCAGGUAGGUGCAAGGAUGAUCUGGGGAAGAGUUGUUACCCUGCCAGGUUGUGGUCUUGUUUUGUGUUUCUCAGAAACGGUGUUUUUUUCCCUUUAAAAAAUGUUUAGGGGGUACUUUCAUUUUGACUCAAGGA